CAUACUAGGUCUUACUAAGCCACUCGCUGCGAACAACGAAUGGACGAAGCAGAUUGGCCCACAUGCAUAUCAGAUGGACACGCUAAACCGAACUCGGUGACAAGCGCCUUUUCGUCCCCAAGCCUAUCUUUACCUAUUCUUGCGCAACGAUAGAGCCGUCUCAUUUCAUAUCCCGACCACUUAAUAGGCUAGGAAAAUAUAGCUUACGUUGCCUUGAACGGCAGUGCUGGAGGAGUUGCAGGGAGGCCUUUUUGUGGAGUGCGCACAUAGUUCAGCUCCGAACUUCUGGCAGCUAAGUGAACACCGCGACAAAGACCGAAAGAUCGAGAGGAGAAUUACGAGAAUUCUCUUGCUGCGACGGAAUUCUAUUCGCAAUGAGAAUAUCUUUUUUUCAAGUGUGUCUACUAACACUGCUUUCGGUUGCACAAUGGCAGUCUGUCCUCUCAGCAGGAGCGCAAUAUUGCCAGAAAGGUGACCCGGAAUUUUGCAUGGCAGUGUCCAGCAAAGAGAAUGCAUCUCGGGGAAAAGAUAUUUACCUUUCAAUCUCAGCAACUCCACACAGCACAGGAGGCUGGUUCUCUAUUGGGAUUGGCGCAAAGAUGGCCGGUGCUCUUAUGUUUAUCCUAUACACUGAUGCCAGCCAGGAGCAGCUAGCUAUUAGCGUGAGGACAGCUACCGGACAUGUCGUGCCCACAGUGGUAACAGAUACUGCGCCGGAGAUUAAUGUCACCAAAGCAAUUGUUGUUCCUGAAACUGGGACCUAUCUUGCUGAGAUCGUCUGCUACUCUUGUGAUAAAUGGCCCGGUGUCGAUUUUGACUCCGCAUCUCAGCCGUGGAUGUUCGCAGAAAAUCGAGGCCAAGUUUUCAACUCUCUGGAUACUGGUGUAAAACUGGACGUUCACCAAAGUCAUGGCCAUCUUGCUGUUGACAUGCAUUCGACUCUUCUUUCCACAGAUGAGCCCGUUCCCCCCAUGGACAGCCAGAAACAAUCGUUCGGCAUACGGGUUGUAACUCAUGGAAAGGGAACAACUAUGGCUGUCAAAAUCCACGGGUUCAUCAUGACCAUCUGCUUUAUGGGAAUAUUCUACUUCGGCACCGUCGCGAUCCGCUGGCCACACUCGCAGAGCUUCCGUCUCCAUUGGGUCGCCCAAUUGAUCGCGUCACUACUUGCCAUCGCUAGCGCCGCAUACAUGCUCUCGCGCGCAAAGCAUCUUGGAACACACAAGAUCAUCGGUCUGGUAGCAACAUCUCUACUCAUCCUGCAAGGAUGGCUCGGGUACAAACACCACAUCGUCUUCGUCCAGCAACAUAGACGGUCUCUGUUCAGCACGUUGCAUGUAUGGCUGGGGAGAAGCGUCCUCUGUUUGGGAAUCUUCAACAUCGGUACGGGAAUGUACUAUGCAGGAUGGUCAGCUGUGGCUCUGGCAAUUUGGUUGGCGAUUGUCGUGUCUGAGCUCGGUUUCUUCAUCUACGUAAGCAUCAAACAUCGCCGCAGAAAGCAGCAGGAGACCAAGAGCGCGAAGGUUGUAGAACAGGAAGGUGUUCACGGAGAUGACGAAAACGGAGAAGAGAUUGAAUGAGUACCACUCAUGGAACGCAUGGCAUGAUGUCCUUUUUAUAUAUUCUUUUCUGUACACUUGGCCUUCGGAUCUUUAACAACAAAACCAUGGAUGAUGAAUAUAUAUGUCAUAUGAAUUUCAAUCUUCUCAAUUAUGCUGCUACAUACUCGCAUGUCCGACAAAAGCCAAUAAUAAAACCCAAACCACAAUACUUGGAGAG